CUUUUAUACUCCGGACAACGUUACGUCUGCCCUCUAUACCCGUCAUCUAAACAAACCUACGCGCGCGUUGCGGUGAGAUAUCGAGAGCCCACCUCAAUCUCUACCCCAAUCCUCUCUCCUGAACAACAUCCAUAACCAAGAAACCACGCUCAAACUCACCCUCAAAACCAGCACCGCCCCCCUCCUCCUUCUCCACCACCGCCAACCCGAACACAAACCCGCCCACAAUGGCCCCAAUCCACGAACGCAUCCGCGACGACCUCCUGGCCAUGGAACGCCGCCUCUGGACGGCGCUGACGUCGGCGGACCCCGGCCCCGAGAUCAAGAAGAUGUCCAACGACGACGCCAACUUCCUCUUCCCGAAGCGCGACAUCCUGACCCUGCAGAGCAAGGACCCGUCGCUCUCGGAGGCGCUGAAGCCGCCCUUCCACCACUUCGAGGAGUACGAGCUCAAGGACGUGCGCGUCCUCAUCAUCGACCUGAUGGCGGGCACGGUUACCUACAAGAUCAACGCGCGGCUGCGCGGCAAGAUCCACUUCAACGGCACGGGGUCGACGACGUGGAGCCAGGGGUCCGACGGCGAGUGGCGGAUCGUGGUGCAUCAGGAGACGUCGUUGGAGUAAAUUCACCCCCCCCCCCCCGGUCCC